AUGAUCGCGGUCGCAUGGCCUGUUGCAUUGUUGGGCAGUGCAAGUGUUUUGGACAAUCCGUGGAAUGUGUGCGUUUCGAGAGCUGCUGAGGUUGGUGAGCAUUUGGCGGAAAUUCUGCUGAGUCGAUCGCACGGCAAACGUCCCAUCACGCUGAUUGGUUUUUCGCUUGGCGCUCGGGUGAUAUAUCAUUGCUUGUUGGCGAUGAGCAAACGUGACAAUUGUCUUGGUAUCCAUUUGUUUUUCGUUUCCAUUUAG